GGUUAGGGUUGUAGUUAGCGGUUGUGGUUAUGGGUUGUGAUUAGGGUUAUGGUCAGGGUUUAGGGUUGUAGAGCUGUCAUUAACCAAUCAGUGAGCUCUAAAAGGAGUACAGGAUGUCACCAUGUCACUUGAUUUUGUUGUGGUCACUGAGCACCAACCUAUCACUGAGGACCAAUAUUGCUAGCCUUUCUAUUAGUCAGAUGUGAGGAGCUGGAGCCGUCCUGCUGGUGGUUAAGGAGGAAAUGAGGGGGAAGUGUGUUCCUUCCCACUCCUCCCUCCUCUGGUUUCCCUUCAGAAAGACAAGAGAGUUAUCAAGACACUGUAGAGCCCUAAACACAGAGAAGUACAGACUACAGGACUACUACAGACCAGUACAUUACUACUACAGACCAGUACCUUACUACUACAGACCAGUACAGGACUACUACAGACCAGCACAUGAGUACUACAGACUACUACAGACCAGCACAGGAGUACUACAGACAAACACAGGACUACUACAGACCAGCACAGGAGUACUACAGAGCCAGCACAGGAGUACUACAGAGCCAGCACAGUAGUACUACAGACUAUUACAGACCAGCGCAGGAGUACUACAGACAAGCACAGGAGUACUACAGACCAGCACAGGAGUACUACAGACCAGCACAGGACUACUACAGACCAACACAGGACUACUACAGACCAACACAGGACUACUACAGACCAGCACAGGACUAGUACAGACGAGAACAGGAGUACUACAGACUAUUACAGACCAGCACAGGACUACUACAGACCAGCGCAGGACUACUACAGACAGGCACAGGAGUACUACAGACCAGCACAGGAGUACUACAGACCAGCACAGGAGUACUACAGACCAGCACAGGAGUACUACAUACCAGCACAGGACUACUACAGACCAACACAGGACUACUACAGACCAGCACAGGAGUACUACAUACCAGCACAGGAGUAAUACACACUACUACAGACCAGCACAGGAGUACUACAGACCAGCACAGGAGUACUACAGACCAGCACAGGAGUACUACAUGCCAGCACAGUAGAGUACUAUACACUACUACAUACCAGCACAGAAGUACUACAGACCAGCACAUUACUACCACAGACCAGUACAGACCAGUUUGGUGACAGUGGAACCAGCAGGAUCAUUUUGAUGGGAAUCCCAGACCAGAGGGCUGUGACUGGACAGUGAGUGACCCCAUGCCUCUGAGUCCGACUGCCAACGCUAAGCAUGACCCCCCUGAUCAUCCCCGGCAACCAGCUGCUACCAAUGGCAACCAGCCAGGUUCAGCCCUUGCCAGGGACGACGGGAGGACUUCCUCCCCAGAUCCUCCUGACGACGGCUCUGGAAACAGCAUCGUCAUCCGUAUUGGCAUCCCUGACCUGCAGCAGACGAAGUGUCUGCGGUUGGAUCCCGAGGCAGCAGUGUGGAGCAGUAAGCAGCGUGUGUUAGUGACUCUAACACAGAGUCUGACUGAUGUUCUGAACUACGGUCUGUUUCAACCGGCCUUCAACGGACGAGCUGGGAAGUUCCUAGACGAGGAACGACUGCUGAAAGACUACCCUCUACCCCCCAUCACCCCUAUUCCCUACCUAGAGUUUCGUUAUAAGAGGCGUGUUUACACUCAGAGCUAUGUGGACGACAAGCAGCUAGCAAAGCUCCAUACCAAGGCCAACCUUAAGAAGUUCAUGGAGUAUGUUUAUCAGCUCAGCAUUGACAAAGUCUCCAGGUUCUUGGAGAAAGGCCUUGAUCCUAAUUUUCAUGAUGCAGACACAGGAGAAUGCCCCCUGACCCUGGCGGUUCAGCUAGAGGGCAGUUCAGAGCUGAUUAAAGUUCUGAGGAGUGGAGGAGCUCACCUGGACUUCAGGACUAGAGACGGAAUCACAGCGCUGCACAGAGCUGUUCUCUCUAGGAACCACACAGCACUCACAACUGUGUUGGACCUGGGUGCGUCUCCAGACUAUAGGGACAGUCGUGGGUUAACUCCGUUGUACCACUGUGCCAUGGUGGGGGGAGACCCGUACUGCUGUGAACUGCUGCUGCAUGAACACGCUGUCAUAGGCAGCACCGACGAGAAUGGCUGGCAGGAGAUCCACCAGGCAUGUCGUCAUGGGAACGUGCAGCACCUGGAACAUCUGCUGUUUUACGGAGCCGACAUGAGCUCUCAGAAUGCCUCAGGGAACACUGCCCUGCACCUGUGUGGUCUAUACAACCAGGACGGCUGUGCCAGAGUUCUGCUGUUCAGAGGAACAAAUAAAGACAUUAAGAACUACAACAACCAAACAGCUUUUCAGGUGGCCAUCAUUGCUGGGAAUUUUGACCUGGCAGAGAUCAUUAAGAUACAUAAGGCCUCAGACGUAGUGCCUUUCAGAGAGAGCCCUUCCUAUUCCUCAAAGCGCCGACGUCUGGGUGGGGCCAAUAAUGUUGGUGUGUGUGGCUCAUCAUCUCCCCGUUAUCUGAUUCGCUCAGCCAGCGACAACGCUCUGGAAAGCCCCGCCUCUUCUUCCCCCGGCCCCUCCCUCCACAGCCUGGAGAACACAAACACUUCCAACCGGCAGGCAGACACACACAGCCUUCGCAGACAGACACGGCGCCUCAGCCCGAGUGGCAGGCUACAGAGGGACCCCAGCCCGCCCCCAUCUCCCCCCAGCCCAGUGCAGCAUGGGAAACGUAGGCUGUACAGCGCCGUGCCGGGGAGGACGUUCAUCGCUACCCGCUCUCACACACCGCAGGGCCCCGGAGAGAUCAGCCUGCAUCGUGGGGAGAGGGUCAAAGUGCUGAGUAUAGGAGAAGGAGGGUUCUGGGAGGGUUCAGUUAAAGGACGGACCGGAUGGUUUCCUGCUGACUGUGUUGAAGAGGUCCAGAUGAGACAGUACGACCCACGCCUAGAAACACGAGAGGAUCGCACCAAGAGGCUUUUCAGACAUUACACCGUGGGUUCCUAUGACAACUACACUUCCUACAGUGAUUAUGUCAUCGAGGAGAAGAGUUCUGUGCUACAGAAGAGAGACAGUGAAGGAUUUGGCUUCGUCCUCCGUGGAGCUAAAGCGGAGACCCCAAUAGAGGAGUUUGCUCCUACCCCAGCGUUCCCGGCGCUGCAGUACCUGGAGUCUGUUGACUUGGAGGGCGUGGCCUGGAGGGCGGGGCUUCGCACUGGGGACUUCCUCAUUGAGGUAAAUGGUAGUGAUGUGGUGAAGGUGGGUCAUAGACAGGUGGUGUCGCUGAUCCGUCAGGGAGGAAGUCAGCUGCUGAUGAAGGUUGUUUCAGUCACACGCAAACCUGAGUCUGACUUAGUCCGUAAGAAAGCACCUCCUCCGCCUAAGAGAGCACCCAGCACGUCGCUCACACUGCGCUCCAAAUCUAUGACUGCUGAACUGGAAGAGAUAGCCUCUGCCAGGAGGAGACGAGGGGAAAAGCUGGACGAGAUGUUGACUGGGUCCCAGGAGGCCAUGAUGAGAAAAUGCCCCUUGGAGGCGGACUACAGAGCGGCCACCGUGAAGCAGCGGCCAACCAGCAGACGAAUUACUCAACAAGAGAUCAACUCUUUGUUUGAGCGGCAGGGCCUGCCUGUUCCUCCAGGGGUUUCCUUGGGUCUGGAGAAAGCCACCAUGCAGCUGCCUCGUGGAAUGUCUCGGACCAAGUCCUUCGGUGCACCAGAGGAUGACAGGAUCUCUGCACUGAUUGGAGAGCAUCGGUUUCCAAGGAGCUCUUCGAUGACUGAUGGCUUCAUACCUCCUCCUCCCCAGACUGCCCCCCCUCCUCCCCCCUCUCACUACUUCCUGGACUCUGGCCCGCCACCGGCCUUCUGCCCUCCACCUCCCCCGCAGCGAGCAGCCGAUCAAUCACACUCCAGCUUCAAGCCGGGGGCGGAACCUAGGCUGCACGAGGUCUGUGAUUCGCCAACGUCUCGGAGCCAUGCAGAGCGGCAGAGGAAAGCUCGCUCCAUGAUCAUCCUGCAGGACUCACCUGUACCAGGCUAUCUACCUGCAGAGUUUGCCCCCCUAGGCCGACCUUCUGGGGCUACAGCAGGGCUGGGCCUGUCCCGACCCAGCCCUGCUGCUUCUCCCAGCCCCCUCUCCAGAACCAGCCCUGCUGCCUCCCCCAGCCCCCUCUCCAGAACCAGCCCUGCCCCCAGCCCCCUCUCCAGAACCAGCCCUGCCCCCAGCCCCAGCAUCCUCUCCAGAACCAGCCCUGCCCCCAGCCCUAACCCUCCAGGGGAGCGCAGCAGCAACAGGAGGCGUGGCCGACCAGUAGAGAACCCGUAUGCCAACGUGGGUCAGCUGCCUGCCCCCCCCAGCAAGCCUCAGCGCCGCAAGUCUCCGCUCCUCAAACAGCUGCAGGUGGAGGAGGGGCCCAGCAGGGCAGAGCUAUACCAGCAGCAGGUGCUCACUGAGCGUGCUCAGAUACGGGUCACGCCCCCUCAGGGCCGUAGGUCCUCCUUCUUCCUGUCUGUGGAGGGAGGGGGUUCAGAGCCCCCUCCCAUCCUACUGACCCAGUCCCACUCUGUAGAUGACCUGGGGGAGCUGCCCCCCCCCAUCCCCGUCCUCUCCCCCUCCUCCUCCCCCCACUCCACCUUUCUCCACCCACUGACAGGCAAGCCUCUAGACCCCUCCUCCCCCCUCGCCCUGGCCCUCGCUGCCCGCGAACGAGCUCUCACUGCACGCACACCCAGCCCUGAACCCAGAACCAAACACGCACACUCACCUAGCCCCGAGCCCAGGCCGAAACACGCACACUCACCCAGCCCCGAGCCCAGGCCCAAACGAACCCCUCCUCCCCUGACCAGCCCUGAGCUCCAUCAUAAACGUAUCAACCCACCCAUUUUCCUUGAAGGACAGCUGGAGCGGCCAGUCGUAGAGCGGCCAGAGACAGAAGGCGGAGUCACAUCUUCUGCUGUGCCCUCCCCCGAGCGUUGGCAGGCUAUGCCCCUCCCUCCCAUCAGUCAGGUGACCAUCAAUAUAACCAAUGAAAGCCAGCCGGCAGGACGGGGUCUGGGGGAAGAGCUGAUUGAGGCGCUGCAUGGACAAUUACAGAGGAGGAGAAGUCUGACCGUUGGCAGCUCAGAGGAGGAGGGCGGGCCUUAUACGGUAACCCAGGGCCAAUCAGAGAGGAGGAAGAGUCUGGAGGGCGGGCCUUACACGGUGACCCUGCCCCCUGCACUGCUGUCAUCCAGUGAUGAGGAGACGAGGGAGGAGCUUCGUAAGAUUGGUCUGGUGUCUCCUCCCCUGGUGUUUGCCACGCCCCCCUCCCCCACCCAGCCCCCCUCCUCCCUCAGCCUGUCACCACGGAGACCCCAGGCAGGUGAGGGCAGGGGAGGAGGGGAGUCAGCUCCAGACUCAGGGGUGGAGGAGGGAGACCCUCACAUAGAGAACAUCUUAUCCCCCAGCAGCACCCCGGCCCCCAGCCUGCCCCCCACCCUGCCCUCCCCAGAACCCCCACAGCCUUUCACUGCCACCCCGAAAACCCUGCCCUCCACCACCUCAGACUCCCAGAGCCUGAAGCCCAGGCUGCGUUCUCCCCUGGGCCGUGGUCGCUCUGCUCUCAGGGAUCCUCUACUGAAACAGUCUUCAGACAGCGAUCUGCUUCCAUCUGGCUGUGGACCUGGACGCCCACCACCCUACCUCUUCCAGAGGAGAUCUAAACUUUGGGGGGAGGUGUCCGAGUCUCGACCCAGGCAGAGUAGCCCUGAGGAGGGCAGGCCAACUGCCGUGGGGGGUGGUGGGCUGGAGCUGGCCUCACGUCUCCAGUUACUCAGUAAAGACUCCCACUCACUCGGAGAGGAGCCUGCAGGACUGCUGGACCCUGGACACAGGUCCCCUGUGGGCGGAGCAAGGUUGUUUAGUAGUCUUGGGGAUGUCCACACCAUCUCCCAGAGAGGUUUUGGUGGCACCACCUACACAGUCCGCCCGGGGAGCCGCUACCCAAUCACACCUCGCCGCAGUCCCAGCCCCUCCCCCUCACCUGCCCCUGUCCUCUCACCAGACAGGUCAGAGGUCAGUCCUGGGCGGGGCUUUGGCCUUAGCUCCUCCCAUCACCACCACACCAUCCUCAAGUCGUCUAGCCUCAGCUUGCCUUCGGAGCCCAAGGAGGUCCGCUUCGUAAUGCGGAGUGCCAGCGCUCGAACCCGUUCCCGCUCGCCCUCCCCCUCCCCCCACGCCUCCCCCUGCCCCUCCCCCGUACUGGGCUCCCCCUUGCUCGCCCUGCGGCCGUGGCGCCAACGCCCUCUAGCUCUGUGGAGUAAGUAUGAUGUGGGAGACUGGCUGGAGAGUGUUGGUUUGGCAGAGCAUCGUGCCCGCUUCCAGGAGCAUGAGAUUGAGGGUUCCCACCUCCCUGCCCUCACCAAGGAUGACUUCGCUGAACUAGGCGUGACACGAGUCGGGCACCGCAUGAACAUUGAGAGAGCACUCCGACAACUGCUGGACAACUGAACCUCUAACCCCUGAUAUCACUGAAGGGCUGUCACACCUGAACCCUAACCCUCUGGAGGUAACCUGGCAACACCAGUGGCUGUAACCUGGCAACACCAGUGGCUGUAACCUGGCAACACCAGUGGCAGUAUGCUUACAGACAUCUAUUUUCCAAAGACAGCAUCACAUGGAGUUGAGCAUUUAGUAUGAACUUUUUAUGAAUAUACAAGAAAAUACCUCCUCCAUCGAAAUAUCUACAAUGUCGACAUAUUUUCCAAUAAUGAAAUUGAUGAUAAAUGUUUAUUAGGAAUAGAUAUAUUGAAAUAAAAUUUUGUGUUUCAUAACAACUUUAUUCUGUUUAGGGAAAGAUGAGAAGUGGUGGAUGAGACUUCAUCGUUAACCUGUUAGUCUACUACAUUACCAUGUUAGUCUACUACAUUACACUGUUAGUCUACUACAUUACACUGUUAGUCUACUACAUUACACUGUUAGUCUACUACAUUACUGUGUUAGUCUACUACAUUACCGUGUUAGUCUACUACAUUACCCUGUUAGUCUACUACAUUACCGUGUCAGUCUACUACAUUACCGCAUCAGUCUACUACAUUACCAUGGUCGUCUAUUACAUUACCCUGUUAGUCUACCUUGUCAGUAUAAUACAUUACCCUGUUAGUCUACUACAUUUCCAUGUUAGUCUACCCUGUCAGUCUAUUACAUUACCCUGUUAGUCUACUACAUUACCCUGUUAGUCUACUACGUUACUAUGUUAGUCUACCUAUCUACCCUGUUAUUCUACUACCUUACUAUGUUAGUCUACUAUAUUACCAUGUUAGUCCACUACACUACUCUGCUCGUCCUCUACAUUACCAUGCUGUCUACCCUGUUAGUGUACUACAUUGCCAUGUAAGUCUAACAUGUUAGUCUACUACGUUAGUCUCCUGCCUUACCCUGUUUGUCUACUACAUUGCUAUGUUAGUCUCCUACAUUACCCUGUUAGUAUCCUACCCUACCCUGUUAGUCUGCUACAUUACCCUAUUGUCUGUUAGUCUACUACAUUACCAUGUUAUCUACCCUGUUGGUCUUCUACAUUACCCUGUUAGUCUACUACAUUACCCUGUUAGUCUAUUACAUUACCCUGUUAGUCUACCCUGUUAGUUUAAUACAUUAUCCUGUUAGUCUACUACAUUGCCAUGUUAUCUGCCCUGUUAGUCUUCUACAUUAUCCUGUUAGUCUACUACAUUACCCUGUUGUCUAACCUGUUAGUCUACUACAUUGCCAUGUUAUCUAUCAUGUUAGUCUUCUACAUUACCCUGUUAGUCUACUACAUUACCCUGUUGUCUAACCUGUUAGUCUACUACAUUACCCCAUUAGUCUACAACACUACCCUGUUAGUCUAAUACAUUACCCUGUUGUCUAACCUGUUUGUUUACUACAUUAUCAUGUUAGUCUACUGCAUGAUCAUGUUAGUAUACUACAUUACCCUGUUUGUCUACCAAAUUACCUUGUUAGUCUGCUACAUUACUAUGUGUGUAAAUCUUUGGCCUAAAUUAGUUUAUUCUGUCAGGAAGACCUCGAAUGAACCUCACUAGUAUACAUGUUUUAUAUGAAUUUUAAGCAAUGUUGACAGGAAAGUUUCCAGUAUAUGUUUUCUAAUAUCCCUAGCUACUGGUUUGUAUGGAUUUUAUACCUAUCUGUGAUGCUCUAAGGCAGAGUAAAAGGUUCAGAACAGUAUUUUUACACAGAAGACGGUGCUAUUUCACUAAAGCCAUCUGUACAGAGCAACCCUACGCCUAAACCUAACCCUAGCACUUAACCUAAGCUUAAACCUAGCACUAAAACUAAACCUACACGUAAACCUAGCUAACACUAAUGCCUUGGGAUAUUACCAUGGUCCAAUAGCGCACGCAGGUACGCGCACACACACACACACACGUGUACCACAGAUACAGGAAAUUCCAUAGUCACAUGACAGGGUACAGGAAGUUCCAGUUAGUCUAGUAGGGAAAGGCACCAGCAUGGUUCAUCUGCAGUGUUUUAACAUGCAUUGUCAUGUAAAACAUUGAACCUCAUAAUCAAAUUUGUUCAGUCUUAUUUUUAUCUUCCUUCCAAAAUGUUUUUUAUUGUGCAGGAUUGCGCCCUCCCCUGUAUUGGGUUAGGAUAGUACCCUCCCCCCUGUACUGGGUUAGGAUGGUACCUCCCCCCUGUACUGGGUUAGGAUGGUACCUCCCCCCUGUACUGGGUUAGGAUGGUACCUCCCCCUGUACUGGGUUAGGAUGGUACCUCCCCCCUGUACUGGGUUAGGAUGGUAGCUCCCCCCUGUACUGGGUUAGGAUGGUGCCCGCCCUGUACUGGGUUAGUAUGGUGCCCACCCUGUACUGGGUUAGGAUGGUGCCCCCCCUGUACUGGGUUAGGAUAGUACCCUCCCCCCUGUACUGGGUUAGGAUAGUACCCUCCCCCCUGUACUGGGUUAGGAUAGUACCCUCCCCCCUGUACUGGGUUAGGAUAGUACCCUCCCCCCUGUACUGCGUUAGUUAGGAUAGUACCCUCCCCCCUGUACUGGGUUAAGGUUAGGUUACUGUAUGUGUUGAGUGGCAGUUUUGUUUGACAGAUUGUCAAGACUAUACGUUUUAUUCUGGUUGUGAUUUAAGACUGUACAUUUUAUUCUGGUUGUGAAGGAGGAACUCCCAUUUCUAUUUGAUGAUUAAUUAAGGUUAGAUUAUUAUUUGUCUAUAAGGCUUGUUGAGUAUUUAGGUGUAUUACAUCGUGUUUUCUCUUUUAAGGGCCAUAUUCUCCUCCCUCAUGACACUAUCUAACCCCAACCCAAUAAGGGCUUGGUGAGGGUAUCCACAUGUAUUAUUUCCAGGUGUAUGUACAGUUUAUUAGGUACACCCAUCUAGUACCGGGUCGGACACCCAUUUGUCUCCAGAACAGCCUGAAUUCUUCGGGCAUGGAUUCGACAAGUCAGAAACGUUCCACAGGGAUGUUGGUCCAUGCUGACGCAAUGGCAUCACGCAGUUGCUGCAGAUUGGAUGUCGGUCCACCACCACCAGCCUGUACCGUUGACACCAGGCAGGAUGGGUCCAUGGACUCAUGGUGUUUAUGCCAAAUUCUGACUCUGCCAUCAGCAUGGCGCAACAGGAAUUGGGAUUCUUCGGACCAGGCAAUAUUUUUUACACUUCUCAAUUGUUCAGUGUUGGUGAUCGCGUGCCCACUGGAGCCCUGUGUGGUCGGUCAUCUGUUGCAAUAGCCUAUUUGUGAAGGAUCAAUGAGUUGUGUGUUCCGAGAUGCCGUUCUGCACACUGCUGUUAUUUGUCUGUUUGUGGUCCGCUUGCGUGAUUCUUGUCAUUCUCCUUCGACCUCUCUCAUCAAUGUGCUUUUUUUUCCCCACAAGACUGCCGCUGACUGAAUGUUUUGUGUUUGUCAAACCAUUCUCGGUAAACCCCUAGACACUGUCUCAAGUGAAAAGCCUAGGAGGUCUGCUGUUUCUGAGAUACUGUAUCCGGCGUGCCUGGCACUGACGAUCAUUGCUUAGGUCUCUCGUUUUGCCUAUUCUAACGUUCCAUCAAGCAGUAACUGAAUGCCUAUCUGCAUGCUUUAUAUAGCAAGCAUCGGCCACGUUGUUCACUGUCUGGAGCGAUCCGUUUUGGAGAACUAGGUGCUGUACCUAAUAAAUUGGCUGAUGUAUAUCAAGGUGUAUCAUACCAUUGUUUUCCUCUGUAAGUGUUCUGUUCCUCUGAGGCCUGAUGACAUUCUUACAGGAACACCUGAGAUCUGACUAAUCUUUACAGUUUAUAAUACAAUUUACUACUGAAAAUGCC